AUGUCGAGCGACUCUAGCCGCAAAGAGCGCUUUAAGCGGCCUAGGUAUGCUGCAAGGGCAUGCAAAGAGUGUAAACGCAGGAAAGUCAAGUGCAACGGAGAAACUCCCUGCCUUCAUUGUGAUCGCUACGAGGUCCAGUGCCUCUAUCCCACGAAGAACGUCUCUGUCCCAACCGAGCGUUCGUCGGACAUCGAAAUGAUCAAUGAGAAGCUCGGAUGGCUUUCAGAACAGGUCAGCAUCCUGGUGGCGCGAGACGGGUUUUCCGAGCAAGGGGACAAACCCCGGCCCCUUUUGGGAUCGGCUUCGAUAUGCUCGCCUCGCUCGAAUCGAACUCUACCCUCGCCGGCACCGGCGUCACAGUUUCUAGUAGGUCAGUUGCCGAGGGACGUGCGGAAGCUACGUGGUUCAGACGAUUCGGCUUGCUCACACGGCACUGUCGAUGUGACGGACGAUUUGUCCGUUGGUCACACAAGUGUGCCCACCAAACAAGCAUCAUCUGCUCUGGGUGGACUUGCCGUCACAUGCCACCCUCUCCUGGCGAUCUCACAGGCAGAGGCCUUGCGUUUGAUCGAUGUCUACGAGGAUGAAUGCGGAUCCGUGUAUCCCCUCAUUGACAUUGGCCAUCUCCGGUACUUCGCUGCCAAUUUCUACGCCAGUGCCAAUGCGUCGCGGGAACCUGCCACCUGGCGCACCUUCCAGGUUGACCAAUCCUCGAAAGGAUCACUCCAUACUCUGGAAAUCGUGCUUGCAAUCGGUUUGGUGAUUGAAGGCGGUGGUACAACUGACCUGGCCUCUGCAUUGGUGGACGAGCUGGAAGCCGAGAUUGACCACCGCCCGUCUGGAGUUUCCGUCGACAUACCUUUCGCGGAGAUUCUGACCCUCAUGAGCCUUUACCAGUUUUAUCGGGAAGAGGAAGUCCUUGCCUGGAGAACUAUCGGCCUCGCCGCGAGAAUUGCCUUGGAGCUAGGCUUGCAUCUUCACGACCCCCCAUUCAGCACCUUCCAGAGCACAAGGGAGCGGGAACGUGCAAACCGACUGUUUUGGUGCAUCUAUUGUCUGGAUAAACGCUGGAGCCUCGGCACAGGACUUCCGUUUGCGCUCCAAGAGGCUGAUAUUGACCCAAGUCUUCCAGAACCGCAUGAUCCACAUCCGUAUCUAUUCACGAGCAUGAUAGCCUAUUCGAGGAUCGGAUCGCAGAUACUGAAAGCCUCGUCGGGAGCGAGUCACCUUCGCCAAUUCGGAACCAAAGAAGAUAUGGCUUUCCUCACAUACCAGGUGCAGCAAUGGUAUAGUUCGCUUGACUCCGAACUUCGGAUCGAGCCUGGCCAGGAACUUGCUCUCAAGACCCUGUCUCCUGCUCGCAACCGACUAAGAGUUCUGCACUAUCUACGGAGGAACCAGCUCCGCAUGUUGAUCCAUAGAGGAGCGCUCUUCACCACGGCCUCCAUCAAGGCGGAUCCGCAAAGCGCCAAAACUGCUGUUGAUUUGGCCAAAGACACCAUUACCCUGCUGGACCAGCUGCGCAACACUUCUGACAUCUACAGCUCCCACCCGGUCUGUUUCAACUACUUCCUCUAUUCCGCGCUGACCGUGAUCUUACUUGCCGCUUAUCGCGCGCAGGCCCAGUUCCAUGAGUACUGUCGCGAAGAGUUUCACGUGGCUCUUGACCUGAUUGGAGGAGUGUCGGCAAAGUCAAGUGUGGCUAGGAAGUUGUGGAAGAUCAUCAAGCAUCUCAAGAUCAUUGGCCCUGAGACGGGCAUUCUUCCUUAUAUGGACACUCAGCAAGACCAGUCGAGACAGGUGCAAGUCGCUCAACCUCAGUUGAACAACAGCGCCGACAGAUACCUCGAGCAUACCAACAACACGCAUCUCACAGAGGAGGCACUCAAUGUGUGUGCGAUGAACGGCUUUCCAAGCUCCAUUCCCUACGGUGAUCCCGGCCUAUUCGCUGGAGACCAUGCCGUGGAUGCCACGUUACUCAGCUCGGAGCUUUCCGACCUCUUUCAAGCCAUCGAGCCGACAGGGUUCGAACAAACGCCAUCACAGGUUGUGGGCGCGCUUCCGACGUUUCAAGCGGCACACAAUUUCUCGAGGAGCGUCUGGAACGUACUCUGA